AUGAAAGAACCCCAGCUUUCUCCAGCAGAUAUCCCAGUCAGCACUCUCAGCUCAUCGAAUUCUACUGGACGAAGAGCCCCCCGAUUUCUCGUCAUUGGCGCCGGUUCUCGCGGUAAUGCCUACGCCCGCGCCGUAGCAACCACCACGCCUGGCGUUGUCCACGCCGUCGCCGAGCCGCACGAUUUCAAACGACGUGAAUUCGGACGGAAAUAUAUAUGGGGUACAGAAGGGUCUCCAAGGGAAGGCCAAGAAUUUGCAGACUGGAGAGACUGGCUGCGUUGGGAAUUUGAGCGGCGCAAGAAGACCAACGGCGACAACGACGGCUCCGGCACUUCGCAGGCCACAACUCCCACAGGCGUGGACGGAGUUUUCAUCUGCACCUUGGACGACACCCACGUCGGAAUCAUCCAAGCCAUUGCGCCGCUACAAUUACACAUCCUCUGCGAGAAACCACUCGCCCUCUCGCUAGCCGACUGUCUCGCCGUCUACCGGACGCUCCAGCCGCCCCAAGGGACCGACGAACGACCACGGCCUCCAACAACAAUCUUCUCCAUCGGACACGUCCUCCGCUACAGCCCGCACAACAUACUCCUCCGCAAGCUUCUCCUGAGCGACCGCAUUAUCGGCGACAUCGUCGCGCUCGAGCACACCGAGCCUGUCGGCUGGUGGCACUUUUCGCACAGCUACGUGCGCGGCAACUGGCGGCGCGAGACGCCCGCCGGCGACGGCUCGCUGCUCACCAAGUCCUGUCACGACAUCGAUUUCAUCCUGUGGCUACUAUGCUCCCCGGCCUCGCUGGAGGGCGCGCGGGCCGCAGGCUACCAGUCGCAUUUCCCGCGGUCGAUCUCGUCAGCCGGCUCGUUGACGCAGUUCCGACGCGCCAGGAAGCCCGUUGCGGCAGGCGACGCGACGAAUUGCGUCUCGUGCCCCGCCGAGCGAGAGUGCAGCUACAGUGCGGUGCGGAUCUAUCAGGAUCGGCACCUGGCGAAGGGGCAUCGUACUUGGCCGGUUGAUAUCGUAUGCCCGGAUAUCGAGGAUGUGUACCAGGUGCAAGGGGCGGCGGCUGCGGAGGAGCAUCUGCUUUCCCGGCUGCGCGAGGACUACGAUGUUCGUGCUGAGGCGGACGCGGAUGUUGCUGCGCGGCCGUGGUAUGGGCGGUGCGUGUACGAGGCGGACAACAACGUGUGCGACGACCAGGUUGUGAUGCUUGCGUGGGACGACGAGGAGGCUGCGCCGAAGCGGCUCGCGAAGACGGCGACGUUCCAUAUGAUUGCCCCGACGGAGAAGCAGUGCGAGCGCCGUGGUCGUGUGUACGGGACCACCGGUGAGAUCGAGUAUGAUAGCAGCAGGAUUUCGAUCUAUAACUUUGCGUCCGCGGAGACGACUACUAUUGACGUACCGCGUCCACCUCCUGAGAGAGCCGAGUCGCAUGGUGGGGGGGACUACGGCCUUGCGGGCCAGUAUGUGAAGGCUGUCGACGCCGUGAUGAAUAGCGGGCUGGAUGUCGAAACUGCACAGGCGCGGUUUAUCGGGUGUACGCUCGAGGAGGCAGUUCAAAGCCAUGCCGUUGUGUUUGCGGCCGAGGAAGCGAGGCGCGAGGAGCGGGUCCUAAAGUGGAAGGAAUGGUGGCAGGAGAAAUUGAGGAGCUCGGCUGCUGCUUGUACGGGGUAA